AGAGAGGGAUUUUAAGAGGUAUCCUGUAUGUGAAAAGGCCUCCUCUCUAUCGAAAUAAGCUUAGCUAGGGGAUAAAUGCCUUUGUAGAAUGAUACAGCAAGGCACUAUAGACUGUUCCCCUGCAUCAGUUUUCCAGCCGUAACGAUGACAAAAGAAAGUGCCUCUUACGAAAGUAUUAAUCAGGCGGAAACAUAAUACAUGGGGCCCUUGUAAAGUGUGACUGCUUCAUUCAGCUCGAAAUUCUGGCACGGAUCCUUGCACCGCAAAUAACAUAAGGGGUCAAAAAUUCAGAUCAACUGCAUCUGUAAACAUUUCAGCCGCUGUGUUGAGAGGAUUGAAAACUGUAUCCAGCUUCUGUUGUGCGAGAGAUCUCUCACCUCACCGGGAACAUUCUUUAUAUAAUGAAUAAUUCAUCUUUAUUCAAAUGUACAAUUUAAUCCCUCUCAGGUGUGCGAGGAUGUGAAUGGGCCGACUGUUCGCAAAAGGAAAACCUGUUUUUGUUCGGAGAGUUAAAUGUUUGGAUUUUAUAUCUGCUCGCUCAAGCAGGCAAACAAGGUUUCUGGAAUUUGUUGUCACAGGGCCACUAAAUUUCCUUUAUUUAUUUGUUCUUAGUGGAUGAGUGCAGCAUAUUAUUCUUGUUGCAGGGCUUUCCCUAGAUAUUGUGAAGGUGUUUUUGAUUGGGCUUUCAUUUUCUGCCUGCUCAUGGGAGGGAGUAAGAGAUCAAAUUCCAGAUUAGAGCCCACAUUUCAAAGGGAGACCAAUGUUGUGGCCACACAGUUAGUGGAUAUGGGAUUUUCCACUUGAGACACAACCAUUUUGCAACUAUUUCAUGCAUAGGUAUAUAUGCUGGAUUCUAACUGAGUUUCUGUUGGAUAUAGGUCAUGAUGGGUGCCCAGUUACACAGUUUCCUGCAUUGAACACCUACUAUUGACCAGGUUCAACAACUCUAGAGUUGUCCUGCACAUGCCCAAACAUGCAGGUGUCACAGUUGGUUGUGGUGUGCGUUUUCCUGAUCUUCAUUCUGGUCAGAAGCAGAGUAUUUGCGAAGAAUGUCAACUACGAUCACGUCAGGCAUUCCUUAGAUCCUACACCGUUCCCACACAGCUUCAAGUGUUUCACCUGCGAGAAAGCUAAAGAUAAUUAUCACUGCAACCGCUGGGCAGAAGACAAAUGGUGCCCACAAUACACUCAUUUCUGCAAGACGGUGCACCACUUUAACAACCACGGAAAGAGCAUGUCUGUCACUAAAAAAUGUGCCAUAAAGGAAGAAUGCCACAAUCUGGGGUGUCUCCAUCGCAAGGAUUCAGGGCAUACAGAAUGUGUGUCCUGCUGUGAUGGGAUGAUCUGCAAUGUGGAUGUUCCAACGAAUCACACGAAUGCCGUAUUUAGCAUCAUGAAGUCAUAUAGGAAAUCUGAUGCUUGUAGAUCCACCUCUUACUCCAUCAUCUUGGUUUCAGCCCUAUUAAUACUCCUCUUACUUAAGCCAUGAAGCACAUUUGGAUAUUGGCUUUUCAUGGAGACGGAAAAGACACUUUGUGAAACUCUACUUUCUGUGAAUUUAUAUACUUGAAGAAUGUGCAGUGACAUAGCCAAGAAAGAAGCAGCAAGGGAGCAAGUUUGGUUUGUACAAGUUUAUAAAAUGAUUACUGUUGGAAAUAACGGCCCAUGUCUAUGGCUGCUGGAUUAGAUAUAAUGCAUUUUAA